AUGGAUGAAGAAAAAUUUUACUUAUUCUGUAUAGUCCACCCUCCACGCAUGGAAGCAAUUGUAAACAUUGAAGAUUUAACAAGCUUAAUAGAUGCACUUAAAGUGAAAUCUAUUUAGUUAUCCGUUUUUCUGCCAAAACUUUUAGAAAUGCUAGCUUUGCUUACCCACGAAACACAUAAUAUUGAUAUACAAAUGAUUUUCAGGGUUCUUGAUGAUCCUGAAUUUUGAAGAAACAUAAGGAAUUUAGCGAAUGGAUAUGAUACGACAAGCAACAUCAGAAUGAUAAAAGCUGGACUGUAUAUAUAUUGCAAAAGGAAAUUAUCGUAAUUAUCAAUUAGAAUCGAGAUAUUUAAAAAGGUGUUUUUAGCUUAUAUGAGGAUAGAUUCUGAUUUCCAUCCUAAUGGUAUAAAAUUAGAACUCAAGGCUAUAUUUCAAAGCUUUAUUAACAUUUCUCGGUUUUUGCCAAGAAGACUAAUAGAGAUGUGGAUAAAUUUUAAUAAAAAAAGCUUUCGCAACGAGAACUUGCUGUGUGCUAAUGAAUAUUUCUUUUUAGCUGCAAGUACGUUAGAUAGAGACACACUUAUAAAUGAAAAAUUAUCUAAUAGGUUUGCGUGGUGCUUAGAAAAAGAUCCAAAAACUGGAACUUAUGCACUAGAAAGCCUUAUUACAAGCCCAGAUCCAGAUCAGAGAUUAGAAAGAGUGCUAGGUUUUAAUAUCAAUUCAACCAAUGUUUUCUUUAUAGAUUCCGAUAAAAGGCCAGAGCUUUUCAAUAAAAAUGUACAGAAUAAAGAAGGGAUAGAAGGACUAGCUGCAUUACUAAAAGAUCAAGAAUUAACAAAAAGUGUAAGAGAAACACUAAAUUUAGCGAAUUCUCUUAGGAGCUCUAAUUAUUUGAUUGGGGAACUUUUUGGUGAUUAUGAUGAUUCUAUAAAUAGAAGACCAUCAGUGAGAAAACACAAGCAAAGCUCUUUUUCUUUUAUUCCUUUUUCGAGUUCGUUAAAUUCAAAGAGGCCGCAGUCUGCGAAUAGCUUGUCCCAUUUAAUGCCAUCUGAGAAUGAACAGAGGAAUUUCCUGAAAAGUCUGACCAGAAAAGAGAUAAAUUCGUAUAUACCUUCAUUUAUGUUAUUUCCUGAGAAAUCUCAACAAAUUAUUAGACCAUUUUCAGCUGAAAAUGGGAUUACAAGAAAAUAUUCUUUGAGGACUCCAAGGGGGAAAAUAAGGUCGAGUUCAGGGAUAAGUUCAAAACAGGCUGAUAAUUCUAUAGCUAUAAUGCCGCAAUCAAGGCCUGUUACAGCUCCUAUAUCAAAUCAACUGUCAAGACCUAAUACAGCUCAUAUACAAUUUUCACCUAGAAGCCCUAAGAUUCGAAGACCUUCAAGUGCUGUCUCGCAGCCGAAAACUCCUAUGUCGAAAACUUCUAUUUUGCAAUAUGCUCUUACACAUGUAAAAUCUCCAACAGUUAUCUUAAAAGAUGAGCCUUUUGAUGUCAAUCCUUUAAUAGAUAGUCUUUGUGAGCAGCCUGUUAAAAGCAAUUCUACAAUAAUCAAAACGAAGAAAGCCCAUAAAAAGAAAAUUUGGAAAUAUUAA